AUGGAACCAGAAGCGACUGACAACGGGUCUUACGCCGUUAGUGACUCACAUCCCUGCUACAAAUCAGACAAUACAACGUACUCAUUCACCAGCAACCCUUCCAUAUUAUGUGUUUCAUUAUAUGUUUUCCUUGGCAUAUUAUCAGCCGUCACAAUAUGUGGAAACCUUCUUGUAAUAAUCUCCGUUUCUUACUUCAAACAGCUUCACGUCCCUACUAACUUCCUCAUUCUGUCACUGGCUGUUGCUGAUCUGCUUGUCGGAGUUGUGGUCUUCCCUUUCAGCAUGGUUUUCACUGUGACCUCGUGUUGGCAUCAUGAGGGUUUGUUCUACAGAUACUACGCUGUAUGUCAGCCCCUCUCUUAUAAAAGUAAAGUAAAUGAUCGUGUCACUGGGAUGAUGAUCCUGAUGAGCUGGGCCGUGGCUGUUCUAAUUGGCAUCUGCAUUAUAGUUGCAAGUUUUAAUCAAGGAAAAUGUGAAGAAAGUUGCUUAAUUGAUGCUCUUAUAUCAACCACUCUAGCGUGUAUUUUUUCUUUUUAUAUUCCAAUCAUUAUAAUCCUUGGUACCUACCUAAAAAUCUUCCUUGUUGCAAAGAGACAGGUAAUCAGCAUUCAGAACACAACCGGUCUUACCAAAAAGUCUGGAACAAAUGUGAGUAAGAGGGAGAGAAAGGCCACAAAAACUCUGGCUAUUGUUUUGGGAGUUUUUCUCCUAUGUUGGGCUCCAUAUUUUCUUUGUGUCCCAUUUCUGCCUUUUAGUAAUAAUUCAGUACCAGUUCCUUUAAUUGAAACCCUCAACUGGCUUACACUGUCAAAUUCAAUGCUUAAUCCAUUUAUUUAUGCUUUCUUUUACAGCUGGUUCAGAUCAGCUUUCAAAAUGAUAAUUUGUGGAAAAGUAUUUUGGGGGAAUUUUGCAAAUUCCAAACUCCUGUGA